AUGACAGAUGGAAUUCUUGCUACCCUAGACCAGUUAUAUGAUCUAUUGUAUCAUUGCUUCACCUUUCCAGAUUACCAGCUUGCGCCCAUACUAGAGGAGUAUUCCUAUUUGCUUGGAUUACCUAUUUCUGAUCAGAUCCCAUUUUCUGGAUUUGAGGAGAUUUCUAAGGAUAAAGUUAUUUAUAAAGCUACUCAUUUGAAGAUGUCUGAGAUUAAAGAUCAUAUGACCACCAAGGGAGGUAUUCUUGGGUUGCCAGCUAAGUUUCUGAUGGAUAAAACUUGUUACUUUGCUAGUAUGAAGAUUCCCACUCUACUUGCAGAUACCUACCAUUCCAUUUAUCUAAAAAACUCUUAUAGUGGGGGGAUGAAGAUUAUGUAUUUCACACAUUAUGAUAUUGAGUGGUAUAGUUAUGCUUACGAUGAACCGAAAAUCAUUGAUAGUUGUGGAGAGUUUCCUAAUGCGCCUUUUCUCGGUACCAAAAGAGAUAUCAACUACAACCCAAUUUUGACUCGUCGUCAGCUUGGAUAUCCUAUGAAAGAUAAGCCAAGCAAUAUACUCUUGGAAGGCCUCUUCUUUAAAGAAGCUAAAGAUAACAAAGCACUUAAGGAGAAGAUUGUGCAUGCCCGACAUCAUGUCCAUAAAAAGGGGAGAGAAGUUAUAGGGAAGCCAAAAUGUGUUUAUUUAGAUCCUUAUCUUCAAAGGGUACAAGCUAGGUCUAUCAAGUUGAAGAUGCCUUAUCCUCGCCAUGAGCCUUUUCCUAUAGCCAAUAGAGAGCCUACUCUGAUUUUCAUGAUUGAUACGGAGAAACUUCAGAUUGCUUUGACCAAGGUGCAACAAGAAAGGGACGCUUGGAAGAACAAAUACCAGUUUGUCAACAAUGAGAAUGAACAAAUCCAAAAGCAUUUGAAGAAAAAGAAUGAAGAGGAGCUUUCCAAAAAGAAGAGAAAGGUGCAAGAGGAUUUAUUUUCCUCUAGCAUUCAACUAGAUACUCCUCCCACCUCAGUUGCUUGGAAGUUGAUUGUUGACAAGCUCGUGCUUGAGAAGACUCAGAUGGAAGACCAGAUCAAGGAGCUCAAUAGGAAGCUACAAGGAUGA